GCCUCAAAAUCAAAACAUUGCAAUAAGAUCUCUGAGAAAACUUAAUAAAACAGCCUCAAAUAAUGAGUUCUAAUAACAGAAAUAGACAGGAUUUCAAGAAAAGGAAGCCACCAAAGAAUUUCACAAGACCAAAUGAUGUGUACAUCACUAAUAAGACAGAUUUUGGAGCGCAAAUAAACAAGUGCAUCAAAAUAUUAAACAGUGAAGUCGGUGAGGUUUUUAUCCAUAGCAUUGGCAAUGCCAUCAACAGAGCUAUCAAUUUAGCAUUAAAGUUGGAAGAGGAUCAUUCGUUUAAGUAUGAAGUCAAUACAUCAACUAUAAAUCUUGUUGAUGAUUACUUCCCAGAAGACGAUGAUGACGACUUCUCAAUCCAAAAAAGGCUUAAUUCAUGCAUACACAUAAGGAUUUACAGACCAUACUUACUCGCAUCUGAGGAUGAUAAUAAGGAAGAGCCAGAAAAAUUAAUAAAAAUCUGAUUAAAUUAUUUUUAUACAUCUUCAUGCCUAUAUUUUAUUAAAUCUUCUUUAAAAUACAGGUUGUACAUGUGAAUUUAUGGUGAUAAGCAUUUUAUGCCGAGAUGCAUUUUAAUUAAUUAUUUUGUUUUCUUUUUUCAUAUUAUAAAAAGUUUGAGAAUGUUCAGUUUUCAUUUACAA